AUGAAUCCAUCAAAAUUGAGUCAUUCAGAAUUGGGGAAUUUUGAUAAAUAUAUAGAAGAUCUAUAUAAUGGCUAAUUAUUAAGUGAAAAUGAUAUAAAGCUAGUGUGUUAAAAAGCCAAAGAAAUACUCGUUGAUGAACCAAAUAUUGUAGCAGUAAGAGCACCUUUAACAAUAUGCGGCGAUAUACAUGGUUAAUUUCACGAUCUAAUUGAAUUGUUUCGUAUCGGAGGCAGAUUACCAGAAACAAAUUAUCUCUUUCUUGGCGACUACGUAGACCGUGGUUCUUAAAGCGUCGAAACCUUUAGUCUGAUACUUUGUCUAAAAAUACGUUACAAAGACAGGUUGACUGUUUUGAGAGGCAAUCAUGAAAAUAGAGAAAUUAAUAAGAUUUAUGGGUUUUAUGAUGAAUGCUAAAGGAAGUAUGGAAAUGAAAUAGUAUGGAAGCACUUUACAGAUGUUUUUGGAUAUUUGCCAUUGGUGGCUAUAGUUGAGAACAGCAUAUUCUGCACACAUGGAGGCCUAUCACCAGCAAUAGAGACAGUUGAUUAGAUCAAACAAUUAAAUAGAAUUUAAGACAUCCCUCAUGAUGGUGCAAUUUGCGAUUUAUUAUGGAGUGACCCUGAAGAAACUAAGGCGGGAUGGGGUGUUUCUCCUAGAGGGGCAGGAUGGACAUGGGGUUAAGAUAUAACAGAUAAAUUUUUGCAUCAAAAUAAAUUGAAAUUGAUUGCCAGAGCACAUUAAUUAGUAAUGGAAGGAUUUUAGCAUGUUCAUCAACGAAAAACAGUUACAAUAUUCUCAGCUCCAAAUUAUUGCUAUAGAUGUGGCAAUCAAGCAUGCAUUGUAGAGGUUGAUGAUCAGCUAAAAAUGAGUUUCUCAUAAUAUGAACCUGCUCCAAGAGAUAAUGAACCUUAGACCACCAGAAGAGUACCAGAGUACUUUUUAUGA